AUGGUUGACAGCCCAUUAGGUCCUCAUGAUGCAGGCUCUUUGGGUAACCUUGGCAAUCUUGGCGGUCUAGGGCUACCAUUGGGUAUAUUAGGAAAUAAUGGAAAUGGCGGACAAAAUAUAGGCUCUAGUGAUGUGGGAAAUAUUGCUAAUAUCGCUCAAAGCAGUUCAUCAGCUUCUGGAAACAAUGGUAAUGGCGGUGGAGGCGGAAGUGACAACGAAAAUAAUGAUCAAAAUGAUUCAGGGUUGUCAAUAGGGAAUAUCGCUGGUGUCCUUCAAACAAAUAUAAAUGUUCCUUCUGGAAACAAUGAUCAAAGUGGUAACUAUAGAUCAGAAAAUGGCGACAACAAUAAUUCCAACGAUGUACUAGGUGGUCAAGGUGGUAUUGGGAACAUCGCUGGUAUCGCUCAAAGCAAUAUCAACAUACCCGGGCUAGGUGGACCUAAUUCUCAAAACGGUGGAUUAGGCAAUGAAGAAUAUAAGUUUGAAAGGCCAUGCCAAGUGUUUGACAUUUAUUGUAUAAGAAAGUACUUCGCCGAACACUCGAUUUGCAAGGAAUCAUACGGACCGACGCCAGAUCCUAUGUACAGACCACAAUCUACUAUUUUUUUGUCAAGGAUCAAUCUCACUGUAACAGCUAAUGAUGUUCUUUAUGGCGGACUUAAUGGCAGAAUUGAAGAUUUUUACAUCAAUAAAGAAACUGACAGAUUAGUGUUGGCCGUCGAAUUCAGAAACUUGACAUUUUACGCCAAAGACACCUACUACAGGUUCCAUAGACGAGCCAGAGAACCAAUCGUUACUAGGGACUACUUAUACUUCAAUUACCGUAAUAAUUUACUUUUAUUA